UGAGCAGCAGCUUCAUCACACCGAGCUCGCAAAAAACACAAUCAAUCGAUCCCCAAUUCGAUCCCCAUGGGCGCCGCGAUCAGCUGCUGUGGCUGUCCUCCUCGCCGCCGUGCAGGCGCGGCCGACGACGCGGCGGCGGGACUCACCGACGACAUCCUCGCCGAGAUCUUCCUCCGGCUGCCGCCGCACCCGGCCUGCCUCCGCCGCGUCUCCCUCGUCAGCCGCCGGUUCCGCCGCGUGGUCACCAGCCGCCGCUUCCUCCGCCGGUUCAGCGACCUCCACGGCGGCGCGCCGGGGGCUCCCCUCGUCGGCUUCUUCAGCAACCACAACCAUGGCCCCUGGGCGGACACCCGCUUCAUCCCUGUCGGCGUCGACGGCACCGGGGACAGCCGUCGGAGCCGCUGCCGCAGCCGCCGCGCCACCGCGGCGCGUAAUCCCGGCGGGGUGCUCGCCCUGGGCGACGACGCCGAGUGGCACGUCAUCGGCUGCCGCGGCGGGCGCGUCCUCCUCCUCAGCCCCACGCGGCUCCGCCUCCUGGUGCUGGAGCCCAUGCUCGGCCGCCGCCAGUACAUCCCGGCGCCGCCGGCGCCGGAGUACAGGCCGGCAUACUUCAGCAACGCCGCCGUGGUCUCCGCCGCGGGGGGCCACGACGAGCUCCGCCUCCGGCCGCACCUGUUCCGCGUGGUGUUCGUCUCGAGCAACGCCGCCACCAAGCGCUCCACCGCCUUCGUCUACAACUCGGCGACGUUCCGGUGGACCAAGGCGGCGGCGACAGAGAUGUCGUCGGUGAUCGACGGCCGGCCGAGCGUCCUGAUCGGCCAGACCCUCUACUGGCACCUCAUCUCGCACGGCCUCGUCGCGUUCAACCUGGAGACGCACGAGCUGCACGAGAUCCUGGUGCCGGCCGACGCGUUCGACGACGUGCACGAUGCCAACCUGAGCAUCGUCGUCCCCAGGAGCGGCGGCGGCGGAGUCGGCCUCGCCGCGGUGUCCGGGUACAUCCUCCAGCUCUGGACGCUGCGCGACUACACCCACGGCGCGUCCACCUGGGACCUGCGCAACAUCGUGGUGCUGGACGCGCUGCUCCCCCUGCGCAACGCUCGGCUGCCGCCGCCGCCGCAGCUGCCGGCGUCGGCGAAGCCGAUGCCUCUGGUGUGGUUGAUGGCGCUGGACGAGGAUGAGAACGUGGGGUACGUGUGGACCGCGGCUGGGGUGUUCGCUGUUCAGCUUGACACCAUGAAUUACCACAAGGUGCUUGGACCUGUUUGUAGGGGGAUGCAAUUCGUUUUUCCCUACAAAAGCUUCUUUCUCCCUCAAGGUGGAAGUGCAGCCAUGAUUAUGUAAUUCUACUCCUUCCUGGGAAAAGUGGCAAUGGCAAGGUGAUGACGUGAGAAUAACCGAGAUUUUGCUCAUUAAGCUAAUAUAUAAUAGGCUGGCUGAAAACUCUCGGAAUUAGAUGAUUUAUUUAAAGUAAUUUGUUGUUGUUUGAUGAGACCUUAAUUAAUUAUAGUAAGAUGCACUUUUCUGUAAUUAACAUGUGUGCUUCGGUAUUUGCUUCUGCAAUUAUGUGUUUUGUUUCA